AGCUUUAGUUCAAUUCUGUCAAGUAUUAAACAGAUGUGCGUGUCAAAAAUGACAUUUCUAUACAAGACAAGUGAAGUAAAUACAAAGUGACUUUUCCUGUCAGCUUAGAAGUUUAAGUCGAUGUGCGUUUACCUGAAUGAGUCUGAAAUUGAGCUAUGGGAAUGAUUUUGACAGAUUGAGAUUGUUGCAGUUGUGUUUUUAUAAUUGAUGGAGUGCGUGCCUCAAGUUUAGAUUUUCUUUUUUAAAUUCAUACAUAUUUAUAAGAACAUCAUACGAGAGUAUAAUAUACUUGAACUGUCGCAGUUUUUGGAAAAGUUUGUUAUCACCUAUUUUAAACAUUAGCCCCAUCCUCACCCUCCUGAAAUUGUCAAAAAUCGAGCUUGAAUGAGUGCUGGGAUGGAGAGGCUUGUGGAAACGACAGUUCCUACACUGUCAGAAAUUAUGCCGGACGUCAUUCCAUGGAAUAAUGGUUCAUGUCUUAACAACUGUUCUGGUCAUGGGGAGUGUUCCAACGGUGUCUGUAUUUGUGAAAUCCAGUUUGAGGGUGCGGAGUGUCGCCGCACCAAUGCCAGCUACUUUGUUGGCUUGGCCAGUGUGUUUCUGACGCUGGCUCUGGUAUGCUUGGUACAGCUCGUUGUCUGUUGCCUGGCCGAGUGGCAGAGGAUGAAAGCCCCUUCACUGCUCCAUGCCUGCCGUAUCACCACUCAGAAGUUACUGUAUUUCCUCGUCUUCCUCGCAUCCUCCUUGCGUGGCGCUUACUUCACUUCCCCAACAGCAUUUGCAGAUGGGUGGUCCAGCAGCCUGAUGAGUGCCUAUUACCCGCUUCUACUCUCUGGUUCUUCCCUCAUUGUCUGCUUCUGGGCUGAGGUAUUCCAUUUGCGGGAUAUCCGGUGGGAGAAGAGCCAGUUUCUCUCCAAGUCGUUCCUCGCAUUCGCUACAUUCAACUUGAUCACCUACUCACUGCUGGUGGCUGAGUUCUACACCAUACACUACUUGGACACUUCUCCUCACCUCCGGAAUUUCUACAUCCACGUGUUCAAUGGGUGUUAUGCAGUUUUGUUGUUCAUUGUUGUGGUGUUCUUCCUCAUUUAUGGAAUCCAGGUUUUUGUCAAGGUUCGAGCUGGUUUUUUGUUAGAGCUGGAAACAUCAAAAAACUUCCAGUACAAGCAGAUCUUCCGUUCUCAAGAAAGUCUGAUUGACACUUCUCAACUUCAUCAGUCAAGAAUAGGGCUACUCUCCCAGACACUCAUGCUGAGCUUCAUCAUUGUUUUCCUCUGCUCGGAAACGCUCUCGGAAUUCUGGAAAAACAAGGUUCCACUCCACAGCCGAAACUGGCAUGACCUUCUGUUUCGGUUAGUGGAGAUCGGAGUAGCACUUUGGUUUCCCUGUGUCCUUUGGAACUGUACAAGCCCAGAGCAAUUGUGGAUACUAAAUCCGAAACGAAUCAUCAAGAACUUGGACGUGGAUAUUUACCAACUUGAGCAAACUAAGCAGGAAAACAUGGAGGAGCAGCAAGGGGAGGAUGCUUGCUUUCUCUGCCAGUACCCAUGUGAUCACCGAGUGUGUCGGUGUUGCUUUUCCCAUCAGACUUGUCUCACUGAUUGGUGUACCAAGAGCGGUGAAGUGAAGUGCCGAUACUGUCAAGCAUCAUACCCGGUGGUGUUGGAACCGGGUAGCAUGGAUUGGCGCACCUGCUGCUCCCUGAGCUACCUGCGUCGCAUGGCUCUGAUACUCGCAGUGGUGUGCCUGACUGCUGUGGCAGUACAACAAGUGGUCUGCCAACAGGAGCCUGUCUUCGGCCCACUUGUGCUUGGAUUCUUCUUGCUCGUUUUGUACAUCUGUGUCAAAUGUAUGUGGCAGAACACGGAUAGUGCCCUGAAGCAGGCUAACAAUGCAGGACUGAAGGUACACGUAAUACCUGACUCGUCAACAGCAAGUCCGAGCGAGAUGGUGUCUCUAAACCCACCGACAUCGGUCUUCGACACUGCCACUGUGAUACAGAUCUAGCCUAUGUGAGUUCAGCAAGGCUGUCAAACUGCAUUAAGACAUCAGAGGAAGAAACUGUUAGACGUUUUCCCAAAAGGAAGGUCCAAGAAAGGAAGUAAUUGGUCCACAUUUAUGUAUGUAAAAGAAAUCCUGAAUUCUCUAUUAACUUCUUAACUCUUGGCACUCAAGUUAGGUGUUUAAAGAAUUCUGAAGUCGGCUGGUCUAUUUUUUUGUUAUUGUGUUAUUUCACAUCUUUACAUUUAUGUCAUAUACACUUGGCAAUAUGCUAAGAUCAUUCCUAUAGACAAGUGCCAUGUAUAUUAGUUAUUACAUCAUUUUUAUAUUAGUUCCCAUUGAUUCAUACUUCAAAAAGUUUUAAAGAUUUAUCUGGAAAGUUCUUUGACAUAAUUUUCCUCACACUUUUAAUAAUUUAGCUAACUGAAAUAAAAAGCAUAGUCUAAUUCAAAGUAAACUAUGUAUAUAUAAAUCUCCAAGCCUUUCAAAACAUUGAAGAAUACAUAAAAAAAAAAUAUUUUUCGGAAGUAAAAAGGUUUGUUGAUAGCUCAAACUCUUGUCGUUUUUUCAGAGUCUGAUUGUUUAUACAAAACACCAUAUUGUGCAAAGUAAUUGAUUAGAGAGAACAGUUAAGAUUGCUAACACAGACUAUUAAAUAGUCAAUUGUGCUGUAGUAUAGGAGUAUUCUGACUGGGAGCAAGGAAUCAUAAGAAGAGAGAACAGUAAAUGUAUCCACGGGUCAUUAGAGUGCAAAGGCUUAAGAAGUUAUCAAGGAUAGCAAGAAAAGAAAGUCUUACGUUUUGUAAAGUUUGGAAAUAUUAUUUGAGCUUUUCUAGUCAAAGUUCAGUUUUAGGUGAAAAAUUUGUAAAAUUACCAAUCAUGUGUAUGUGAUUUUUAUCAAGCAAAGCAGCAAUGGGGAUCAAAUUCACAUACUUUUUUUAUAGUUUUUGUAAGUACUGAAUUAUACUUUUUUAAUUUUGUUUUUCUCUUCUUUUUUAUGGUAGCUAGUAAAGAGAAUCUCACUCACAAGAUGAGAUGUAAUUCAUGGUAGGUAUUAUUGUAAUGCACAGAAAAGUAUAGUUAGCACUUGAUUUUUGUCAUGGGAUUCACAAACUGUUGUAAAGAAGCUGGGUUUGAAAUGAAUGCAUUUUGAGUUUAUUUAUCACUUCUCUAUUAUAAUGUAGGUGUUUUGUUACUUAGGGUUUUUUUUUAAUUUUUAAUAGCUUUAAGCAAUCAGUGAUAUUUACUGAUGGCAUGUUUUUAGAUAGAUUUUUUAAAGUCUUUAGUGUUAAUUUUAUUUAUAAUACACUGUGAAUAAAGUUUCUGUGUUACUUAGUUUUUGUCAUCCCAAUAGCUUACUUAUUGAUUUUAUUUUCUAUUUAAUUCUAUAUUAUAAUAUAUGUUGUUAAUUCUGUGCAUUUGCAUUACUAUCUUUAAUCUUAAAAAGUUUGUUGGAAUCAAGCUUUUAAACCAAUCAAAAUGAGUGCUUGGUAGCUUUAUUUCUUAGAAAAGUUUUGUCUUCCAAAAAUGAUAUCAAUGAAUAAAUAUGAUCUGUAUAUAUACAUAUAUCAAACAGAAUAUCUGGUAUCUAGCAGAAAAAUGUAAGAUGGAAAUGCAAUAAACACCAAAAAAUUUUUCUUUUUGUAGUCAUUUAUAUUUUUAUGGACAUAUGUAUUUAGUCUUUACUCCUAUAGGUUUGCACCAUUCAUUCCAACAAAUUCAUGAAUCUCAUUGUACAGUUUGUGUCUAGGUUUAGCUUAUUAGAUAAGCUAGAGAUAUUUCAUUUUGCCAUUCUAGAAUAUAUAUACAUAAAUAGUUUUAGAACAUUUUACUGAUAAAAUCUUUGCUUCUUGUUAUAGUUAAUUUAUUGCUUUUCUAAUCCUAAAUUUAUCCUAAAUUGUUCUUCUACUUUGGUUUUGUUACAUGAACUUUAAGUGUUUUUAUGAUUUUUUAAAUAGUAGUUUAUUGCUUUGAUAGUUAAAGGAUUUUAUUGCCUUGGUGUUAACGUUAGUUACCUGAAUUUCAAAAUACAAAAUUAGUUUGGCAACAGUGGCUUCCUUCAUAGAUAUAAAGUUAUAGAAUUAUAUAACCUUUUAUAAAUGUACCUUAUUAGAUAUUUUUGUUUUCAUAAAAUGUGUAAAACAUUUAAACAUUAUUUAGUUACGAAAAUAUCUUGUAUAAAAAGAGAUGUUACAAAACAGUUACUGAAUAAUAAUACACAAUAAGUAUUGUGAUUGUUACUAACUAUAUUGUAUUUAAUUGUUAAACAGCAAGAGAUUACACUUUCUAGAUACGAGAGAGCCGACAAUGGUAAUUUGCUUUAUACUUACUUUUUUAUUAUUGAUGUGAUUUUCCUUCUUAAGGGAAAUCUUCUAAAUAAAUCCUGUAAUUUGUCAGAAUAAUUGUCUCACAGAAUAUACUAUUUUAAAUAAUUUUCAUAUAAAGCUCUGUCAAUAAAAAACAUAUUACAAAUAUUGUACAAUCUGAUAUGAAAUAGACAUUACGUGAGUGGUUGCACAGCUGCAAAUUGCUGUAUCUACUUUUUUAAACAUAUAUAUAUAUAAAAAAAUCUUUAAAAUAUUUUGUGAGUGAUUGUAUUCAUAACUUUAAAUUUGAUAGCAUGGAUUAAAACUGAACUGGGUACAGGGAACUAAAAAUUGUUUAAUAAGAGUCAUAAAAUUCAUACGAAGAAAUGUAUGAGGAGAAAUAAGACAAGCUCCAAAGCUGAUAAUAUUGUUCAUCACUAAAAUUACUAAAAUUUUGACUGACUGCCGCGGGUAGCUCUCGCAUGUUAAGUCACAUUUCCAUGUAAUUAAAGUUUUAUUUCGGUUUGAUACAAUUUUAAGGGAGGCUUCAUUUCUAGUAAUAUAUCCCCUAUUUAUUGAUGUAGAGAAAUAUUUAUGGUUAAAGAAAUUUUUAAAUCUUGUGUUAAUAACAGUUUAAUGAAAGUAAAACAUUCUUUUAAAGUGAAUAGUUCUACAAAAUAUAUACCAUAUUAUUAUGUGUAAAAAAUACAAAAUGGGAUUUAUCCGUAAUUAAACAAGUUUAUCAAAAUUAAUUAAACAGUUCUUUAUGUAUAUUUUAUUGUACAAUUUAACCAUCAUUAACAUGCCUUCAGAAAUGUAACAACUUAACUAUCCUUAAUUUCAAAUGGAGUUUUUGAUGUUCUUCCAAUAUUUUUCAUUUGACAUUAUGGAAAUAAACUUUUAAUUUUAA